CCGAUUAAUACUUGAGUAAUUAUUAAUAUUGCGGUGACUCCUGACUAGAGUUGGAUUUAGUUUUAAAGAAUUUUAAAAUAGUUUAGUUACGAAAUGUGCUAGAAAAAAUGAAAAGUUUUAUGGUAUAUUUUACUAUUGGAACUCUAUUGUUUUUCAAUUAUACUGCUGCGCAACUGGAAAAGCAACAAGUAAUUCAUGUAGUAAUCUUUUAUGAAGACUUAUCAUUCUGUGCACAUACAAAGGAUGUUAUUUUGCAAGAAGUUCAGCCACUAUUAGAUGCGGGUCUCUCGAAAUAUAUAAAAUUCGAGUUGUUACCAUAUGAAGCAAAUACGGUUAAACAAUCUAUCCACAGUUGGACAUGCCUUGCAGACAGACGAACGGCUUGCUCUCUUGGGUUAUUUGACUAUACCAAAACGAAAUAUCCAGAUCACUAUCAUUCCAAUACAGAGUGUUUAGGUGUUACAAUUAAUUAUUUGAGAUACUUUCAAGAUAUAUUUCAAAAAGAGAUAAUCGAUACUGACGUUAAAAGAUGCAAACUGGGUGAUAUAGGGUCCUACUAUCCACAUGUAAAUAGCACCCUGAAAGAACAGGUCGGAAACUUAUUAAACAAUUUAACUACAGAAAUCCUUGGUGUAAAAGAUUUUAUAGAUAAUACUUUUUCUAUUAUCACAUGGCAAACUGAGAAAGAAUGUUUAGAAAAAUCUACAAAUUUUGGAAUCUGUACAAAUAAUAUUCCUUCAAAUGUUUUAUGGUUAAUGGUUUUUUCAGUGACUUUAAUAUUAUUAGACUGUAUUUAA